AUGGACCUGAUCGGGCCAUUAGAGCGAUCCGCACGAGGGCAUCGAUUUGCAUUGGUCAUCGUUGAUUAUGCAACCCGAUACCCUGAGGCAGUGGCGUUACGCAAUAUCUCAGCAACCAGUGUUGCGGACACCCUGUUUCGUUUAAUCUCCCGUGUGGGGAUCCCUAAGGAGAUUCUCACAGAUCAAGGCACGGCGUUUAUGUCGCGGACACUCCGCGAAUUGUACGGAUUAUUGGGCAUUAAGACGAUUCGGACCAGCGUCUAUCACCCACAAACGGACGGGCUGGUCGAACGUUUUAAUCGCACAUUAAAAUCCAUGAUCCGGAAAUUCGUACACGAAGACGCCAAAAAUUGGGAUAAGUGGCUGGAACCCCUGUUAUUUGCCGUCCGCGAGGUUCCCCAAGCCUCCACGGGGUUUUCCCCCUUUGAGCUUCUCUAUGGUCGUCAACCCCGCGGGGUUUUAGACGUCCUAAGAGAGGCUUGGGAGGACGGACCUUCCGCGAGCAAAAAUCAAAUUCAGUAUGUCUUGGACCUGCGAACAAAACUCCAUACACUGGGGCGGCUCUCUAUGGAGAAUUUGUUACAGGCACAGGAACGACAAAGCCGGCAUUAUAACAGGGGAGCCAGACUACGUAAAUUUUCACCGGGAGAGAAAGUGCUUGUAUUACUCCCCACGUCCAGUUCUAAACUACUCGCCAAGUGGCAAGGGCCGUUUGAGGUCACACGACGAAUAGGAGAUCUCAAUUAUGAGGUAGUACGGUCGGACAGGAGCGGGGCACAUCAAAUUUAUCACCUCAACCUCCUAAAAAAAUGGAGUGAGGCGAACACCGUGAUGCUGGCGACGACAGUAACUAGAGUAGAUGAUCUCGGGCCAGAGACGAACACCAAGGUGCAAUCACUCGCUCUGGCACCAGGCGGAGAUCAUCUCUCGUCCUCCCAGCUCACGGAUGUUGCGAAGUUGCAAACGGAGUUUUCAGAUGUUUUUUCGCCCCUGCCCGGCCGCACGAAUCUCAUAGAGCACCAUAUUGAGACAACACCGGGUGCCGUAGUACGCAGUCGCCCAUAUAGGUUACCUGAGCACCAAAAAAUUGUGGUUCAGAAGGAAUUAGAGGCUAUGCUGGACAUGGGGGUAAUAGAAGAGUCCAAAAGUGACUGGGCGAGCCCGAUAGUUUUAGUACCAAAGACCGACGGCUCGGUCCGGUUCUGUGUGGACUAUCGCAAGGUGAAUGCGGUGUCGAAGUUCGACGCCUAUCCAAUGCCUCGAAUUGACGAAUUACUUGACCGGCUAGGUACGGCUCGUUUUUAUUCGACAUUGGAUCUGACGAAAGGAUAUUGGCAGAUCCCCCUAUCUCCAUUAUCCAAAGAGAAAACAGCCUUUACUACGCCGUUCGGUUUACACCAAUUCGUCACGCUUCCGUUCGGCUUAUUCGGAGCCCCGGCAACAUUUCAGCGUCUCAUGGAUCGUAUCCUCAGACCUCACGCGGCAUAUGCCGCAGCCUAUCUCGAUGACAUCAUCAUAUACAGUAAUGAUUGGCAGCGGCAUAUGCAGCACUUGAGAGCGGUCCUGAGUUCGCUGAGGAGGGCGGGGCUGACGGCUAACCCGAAGAAGUGUGCGGUUGGGCGAGUAGAGGUAAGGUAUCUGGGCUUCCACUUGGGUCACGGGGAGGUGCGUCCCCAAAUUGAUAAGACAGCAGCUAUUGCCACCGCCCCGAGACCCAAGACCAAAAAGGAGGUGAGGCAGUUCCUGGGGCUGGCGGGAUAUUAUAGACGGUUUGUGCCCAAUUAUUCGGACCUCACCAGCCCGCUGACUGACCUCACUAAAAAGGGGGAACCAGAUACCGUCCAAUGGACGGAGCAGUGUCAGCAGGGGUUUACCCAAGUGAAGGCUGCUCUGUGUGGCGGACCGUUAUUGCACGCUCCCGAUUUUUCACUCCCUUUUCUGUUGCAGACUGAUGCUUCGGACAGGGGCGUGGGCGCUGUCCUGUCCCAGGAGAUAGAGGGGGAGGAUCGUCCGGUGCUGUACAUCAGCCGCAAACUGUCACGGGCGGAGAUGAGGUACAGCACCAUAGAGAAGGAGUGUUUGGCGAUCCGCUGGGCGGUCCUCACCCUCCGGUAUUAUCUCCUGGGGAGGGAGUUCACGCUCUGUUCGGACCACGCGCCCCUCCAAUGGCUCCACCGUAUGAAGGACACCAACGCGCGGAUCACUCGUUGGUUCCUUGCUUUGCAACCAUUCAAGUUCCAGGUGAUCCACAGGCCGGGGACUCAGAUGGCGGUGGCCGACUUUCUCUCCCGGAGGGGGGGGACGAGGCUACAGGCCGGAUGGGGACUCGGCCUGAGUCGGGCGGUGGGGAUUCUCGGGUGUAACGAUCCAGCUACUGUGGAGACAUUCCUUUCUGAUCGCGGCUGCCAGCCUCUUCUGGUGAGGGGAUUUUCCCGUUCCAAACGGUCAGACCAAUCUCUCGACCCAGCGGGACAGGAUCAUCUGCGAGCUGCGCUACAACACCAGGGAAUUCUACUGGGACAACAGGAUUCUCGCCUCACAGCAGCAGCUCAGGAGAUGGAUUCCAUGCAGGUGCAGAUGGCAGCUUUACACCGCCAAGUCGCUGAUCUCCUGCGUGGGACCGUGCGAGCCGGCUUUAGUCAAAACGCGUCAUCACACACAUCCAGGAGUGAGCCUGAGCCGCAUGCUAACACUCCACCGCUUUACGACGGGGAUCCUAAUUCCUGUCGGGCAUUCCUCUCUCAGUGCGCCCUGGUCUUCGCUCUUCAGCCCCGCCGGUACGAUUCUGAGGAGGUUCGGAUCGCUUAUAUCCUCACAUUACUCACAGGAAAGGCUCGCCAGUGGGGAGUGGCUGUCUGGGAAUCUCAGGACCCUGCUGUCGCUCAUUCAUCGAAUUCCGCGAAGAGAUGA